UGUCCCUCCUUCCUUGUCAUCCCAGGAGGCCAUUCUCCUGUCGUCUCCGGAUCUGGGUGACAAAAAAUAAUAUCCAAAGAUAUUUUGGCACUAACAAUGUGAUCUAUAGCAAGAAAGAUGAACAGUCUGUUCCAACCCAGGAGAUUUAUAAGGAGACGAGAGCCAAGACGGUGUAAAGGAGAAUACGAAAAAAGACUUGUUAAAUAUUAUGAAGGGCAUGAAAGUUGAGUUAAGCACAGUAAAUGUACAAACCACAAAGCCACCCAACAGAAGACAACUGAAAAGUUUGGAGGCCACAGUUGGCAGGCUUCCAAGGGCUUCAGAAGAUGCCCCAAAGGAGGGAAACCAAAAUUGGAAAUAUUGGAGGAUGUACUAUGAGUGUGGUGUAUAUAUCAAGGAUAUAUCUUGGAACUUCUCUCAGUGGUCUUAUGUUCAAAGAAGAGGCUUUGGUCCUACAUCGAAAGAUCGCGAGUCCCUGAGUCCCAAGUUAGUGGCCGCUGCAUCUGCUGUUGCAGAUUCUCUUGCUUUUGACAAGCAGACAACCAAGUCGGAGCUGCUCAGGCAGCUCCAGCAGCACGGGGAAGACGCAAGGGCACAGAAGGAUGGAGAAAGACCUAAAAUUAGUUUCAGUAAUGUAAUAUCAGAUAUGAAAGUUGCCAGAUCUGCCACAGCUAGAGUUAGUACAAGACCGGUGCCUUAGAUUCCAUUUGAUGAAGGAUCUGACGAUUAUGUUGGCCAGGAGAAGACCGUUGAUCUUAGAAAAAGAUGUUCUAGGCCAACA